AUUGAAAAUAAACGAUCAUAAAUAAGAUUCACGUGGUUCUUCUCAUGGAACCGUUCCAGAAUUGCGCAUCUUUACGUAAAGAAAUGUCUCGAUAUCACCAAGUAGAAAAGGAUGCAACGGAAAACCAAGUUCCAUUCAAGAUAAUAAACAAUAUACUAAUUGGGGAACAUUCUUCGAGGAAGUAUCUGAAUAUCGGAGAUUGGAUUUUGAUCACAUUUAAAACCAGGCCAACAUUCAUUGGUCAGAUAGACGCGGAGACAGGAGAAGAAGUUACAUACGAGGAGAUGAGAAACAAAAGCGUGAAGCUAGCAAUAUGGUUACAGAAACAAGGCAUUAAAAAAAACGAUGUAAUAACGAUAUGCAUAAACAAUCGAAUGCGAGCCUACAUGCCGCUUCUGGCGGGCAUAUAUCUCAAUCUUAUUGUGAAUCCAUGGGAUUGUAAAUAUUUAGAGGACGAGGUAAGAACUCUUUAUUUUUUGCUGGAACAUAGUCCAGAUGUAAUAUUUAUCGACAGUGAAAAUCUUACGAAGCUCCAAACGGCUUUUAUACUUACGCGAUCUUUUGACGAACCAAUUUUAUCGAAAAUAAUAGUUAUGGAUGAGCCACAAGAAGGACUGAUGAGUGACAAGAAGGAUUAUGAUUCUCUCGACUCAAUUAUAAAUAGUAAGUUUGAUCCAUCGGAAAUUGAGGCGUUUAAAUGUGCACAACAUACUGAAAGAACUUCAGCAGUGGUGAUGUUUUCUUCCAACACGUCAAAUUAUCCUGGCGAGGCGUACAUUCCUUACGGACUGUUCUUAUCUCAUCCGAAUGACGAGACGCCGAUUAUGAAAUUCAAUGACGUUGGUCUUUGGUAUGAACCUAUAAAUUGGACUUACAGUCUGCUAUUGACUAUUCGUGCUAUAAUAAGUUUUGUGACAGCAAUCAAGAUAUCGACAUUCAAUGAAGAAAAUUUAUGCCAAAUAAUAGAAAAGUAUAAGGUGUCGUGGGUGUUUCUUAAAAGCAGUAUGUGUAAUAAAUUUGAUAAUACUAACGUCUUUAAGAAAUAUGAUGUCUCUUCCUUAAAACAAAUGUUAUUCGGUGAUACAGCAAUUAUACGCCAAAUUCAUGAAGGUCUUAUCAAAUCGUUACCGAACGUGUAUAUCACUCAAGUAUACGGUAUUUCGGAAAUAGGCGUGAUCGCUUAUCAACGAAAAACUAGUAAGAUUGGAUCUAGCGGUUACGUGAACAAAAAUAUUCGAUUAAUGUUUAUUGACUAUGAAACGAGGCAACCAGUGAGUGCAAAUACAUGUGGCGAGAUCUGGUGUCAAGCUCCGAAUAUAAUAGUAGCCAAUCCUCAGUCAAAAUUGCUACAGAGUAAAUACGAUCUACAACGAUCAAAUGAAGGAUGGUAUUAUACCGGAGAUGUAGGCUUCUUUGAUGAAGACGGUGACAUUUUUGUUAUCGAUAAAGUCAGAGAUUUGAUUAGAUAUAGAAACCUUUAUAUUUACCCGAGAAAAAUCGAGCAAAUAUUAUUACGUCAUCCGGAUGUACACGAAGUUGCCGUGGUAGGUGUAAAGCAUGAUUUCGAUCGUCAACAUGCAAAGGCAUUUGUUAUAAGAGAGGAAGGAACAAAGGUGACGGAAAAAGAGCUAAUAGAAUUUGUGAAAAAUAAUGUAGAUAACGAAACUUAUUUCCUUCAUGGUGGAGUGUCCUUUCUUAAAAUAAUGCCACGUCUUCCGAAUGGAAGAAUCGAUCGAAUGAGGGUUAAAUAUGUGCCACGUGAAAAUGAGUGAGCAUUAUAUUUUAUGAUUAUCAAAAAUAUAUGUUAAUGUAUAUAUAUGUUAAUAUAUGUUAAUAUAUAUUAAUAAAAAAAACCUUCAAAACUAAGACAAAAUGUUCCAAGGUUAUAGAUUCUUUUGAAA